UGUGGAUUUUGAUUUGUGUCGAGUUUAUUAAAUUUUAACCUGUGAUGUGAUUGUAUUUAUUAAUUGAUUAUAACAUGAUGAUAAUUUACUAUAUUAUAAGUUUUUCCAAACAUUCAGUUUAAGUUAGAUAAAAUAUAAAGUUAUGACAUUAAAGAAAAUCAAGAAAAUGUCAAUAAAAUCACAAAUAUCUUCAGAAUUGAGCGAGAGUAUCAGCAAUGUAUUGGGGAAAAAUGUUAAAAUACUUUAUAAAUCUCUUAUUCGUAUGGAAUCAAGAGGUGACAAGGUUGAUAAUCGUGUUUUGGUCAUAACUGCAUAUAGAAUAUUUAUUACAACUACCAAAAUACCAACACGGGUUGACAAUGGAUUUCACUUGAUGGAAAUAGAGGCAUUGGAGAGCAAAAAACCUAAUCACCUUUCAAUAACACUCAUUCAUGAACACAAGCCCGUGUCUAUACUUAUUGGUGAGGAGGGAACGUCCGAAGGUGUUAUCAAUGCAAUUCACGCGCUGAUCGCGGCCUUUGACGACUUAUUUCCCAAUGUGGCGAUGGAGGACAUCAUAUCCAAGGUUAAUUUGCCUUUUCCUUUACAACCGAUCAGUGGUACGAGGAAACAUUCUACGUGCGGGGACUUUUCCAACCAAUAUGCAGCCAUGUGUGACCUCUGCCAAACUCCUUUUAGGGCUGAAGUCGCUUGGGACAUUGAUACAAUUUAUUUGGCUCAUGAUAUUAGAAUGCUACACUUGAAGGAUUUCGACCACUUGGAUCAGAGAGAUCUGAUCCCGCUCGUAAUGGCACUGCAACACAACACGUGGUUUACGGGCGUGUGCGGUGAUGGCGUACGAGUCGGUGGAGAGGCGUGGGAGGCAGUAGCGCGCCUUGUGCGCUGCGCCGCGCCCCCGCCCGCCGUGCUGUCGUGGCGCGCCGCGACGCUCCGUCACGACCACGCCGCACGGCUAGGCCACGCCCUCGUGCGAGCACGAACGCCCCCCGCGCUGCAUACUAUAGACCUCUCACAGAACCAUAUUGAGGAUAAAGGUGCAAUAAGCGUGCUGUCCGGUCUCGCCAACAACCCGGACGGGUUACGUCAGAUCUCGCUGUCGCAGUGCGGGAUCACGGGCAAGACGGUGACGCAUCUAGCGGCGAUACUCAACGAUAGCGCCGCCCAUCUCACCACGCUGACCCAUCUCGAUCUGUCGCAUAAUAAUCUUAAGGAUGACGUGCACAAUUUGUAUAACUUUCUUGCUCAACCGAAUGUCCUGACUCAUUUGAACCUGGUGAACACGGAAACUACACUGGAAAAUAUGUGGGGCGCUCUACUCCGAGGUUGUGCGGCGCGGUUGUCGUCACUAAAAGUGGGGCGUAACCCCUGGGGUGGGAGGCGCGCGCGAGACCCGCCCCCCUCCUUCCGCCAGUUCUUUACCGCCUGCCUCGCGUUACAAGACCUAGACCUAUCGUAUUGCCGUAUGCCACCUGAUGCGCUUAAGAGCCUGCUGCUCGGGCUGGCGUGUAACGAGAGCGCGCUGGGCGUGAAGCUGAACCUGGCGGGCGUGCUGGCGUCCUCGCAGGCGGCGCAUGUGCUCGAGUCCUGCAUACACGGCGUGCGAUGUCUGCAGUCGCUAGAUCUGUCCGACAACAGUAUGGAGUUCGAAUUGUCUGGCAUUGUGCGGGCAAUAGGAAAAAAUCACUCUAUAACACAUUUAUCGCUUAGCAAACUAACAGGAAAACGAUCGUACGCCCCACCACUAAUACAGGCAUUAGUUCAUGUACUCCAAGAACCAGACACAGCUUUAACUUCACUUGAUCUCAGCGACUGUAAAUUUAAGAGUGACCUAUACGGGCUAUUAAACGCACUGGGUGGUGCGCGGCGUUUGCGCACGCUCGAUGUUUGCGGCAAUUUGGCGGGCGACGCCGGCGCGCGACUGCUAGCUAAGGCUCUGCAAUGCAACUGUACAUUACAGACGUUGUAUAUAGACAGAAACGCCUUUAGUAUACAAGGUCUAACGGACAUAGCCCACGCGCUGCGGCGGUCUGUGAGCAUGCGACGCGUGGAGUUCCCGGCGUGCGACGCGGCGGCCGGCGGGCGUGGCGCCAGCGAGCGUGUGGCCACACUGUGGAGGGAGUUGCACGAGAGGCUAUCAACAAACAGUGUGGUUUGUGGUGGCGGGCGCGUGCGUGCACUCGCGUUAGAGCGCGCGUGGGCGGGGGGCGAGGCGGCGGCGGCGCUCGCGGCGCAGGCGGCGGCCGCGCUGCCCCCGCCCCCUCUACAACACGCGCUAGAGCGAGCCGCCGCCGCUGCGCACCAUCUGCUGCAUCAGUAUUUGCAGCGGUGCAGCGAGGUGUUCGCGGCGAUGGGCGGCGGCGGGGGCGGGGCGGAACUGGUGACACUGCAGGCGGUGCGCGACGCCAUGGCGCCCUGCAACGCCACGCUGCAAGAUCUACUCAACGAGGCAGUAGAGAACCUAGCGUUGUCGGCGUGCGAGAGUGUCGACAGCGUAGACAGCGAGCCGGCGCCCAGCUCCGAGACGGACAUCCCCGACCUGCUGUCGCCUAUAUCACAUUCAGGGAAGUUGGAUUAUUUGAACCUGGCGACGCCGCUCGGUUGCCGGCGACGCGAGCGAUGCCGCCGAGUGCGGCCGAAGUCAGUAGCGGAGCAGCAGCAAUGCAGCAGCAACGAGAUGCUGUCAUUGCCGCCGCUGCACGCUGAAGCGGCGGACGCGCUCGCAGACCUGCCCGCCAACACGCUCAGACACCUCGUUAAAGGACGACCCAGGAGAGUAAAAACGAGAGCGCCGUCGCGACCGAUAACGGACCAAUCGCAAGACAUUGAUGAAGGUUUGGACGAGUUCUGGCGCGCGUGCCGCACGCCGCCGGGCAGCGAGGAGGCGUCAUCGGUGUCGGCGCGCACGCCGCUCACGUCGCGCUCGCUGCACUCGCUGUCGUCGCUGGCGUCGUCGCCGCGCGCCAGCCCGCGGGCCACGCCCCGUCACUCGCCGACGCUGCGUCGCGACGAUACUAUGUAUAGCGUAACAUCGGGGGAAAGUACGCCAGUAUUAUUAGAAUGCGAGGUAUCUCGCUGCAAGUCUUCCGACAACGUGGGCAACAAGAUGGCGCCGACGUCGCCGCCGCCGUCGCGGUCGUCGGACAACGUGAACGCGAUCGGGAACGGGUGCGCGCGCGUCGCGGGCAAGGCGCGCCCGUGGUCCGUCGCGGGCGGCAACGCGGAGGGCGCCGCGCUUUGCACUACAGAGGGCGUGGAGGCGUGCGUGGGCGGCAGCAUCGUGGGCAUCACGCCCGGCGCCGCACUAACCAGUAACCAACUUUCAGACGCUAUCCUAUACUGAGCUAGGUUCCAUGAUGCGUGAUCAUCCUCUAACGCCUGAGGACGCGGAGACCUAAGACAAGCGGGAGGCAGGCGGGAGUGAUGGGAGCAGAGUUGACAUACAUUGACUUGUUGAGCUCACGAUGUGCCAGUUAGCUGUAGACUGUAGACCGAUAGCGAUAGUUACUCUGAGAUUAUACUGCGCGUUGUUUAUAAACUGCUGACUGUUACAGUCGGCGCAGGGGAAUGCAGCGGAUACAAUUUAUACGCAGUGCCGAAUUUAUAUUUUUUUAUGAAUGCAGGCCACUUUAUUUCCACCGCCCCAGGAACGAAAUCUGUCGACUCCCUGUGGCCUAUACGGCCUAUAUACAAUCCGUGGUUAUUUAUAAGGCGUUCUAAAAUCAAUUACUCUGCCUUUUUUGAAACAAGGUGCAUAUUAUAUGGUUUGAGCCAUAUUCAACUUGACAAAUAAUGCGCACGCGUGGAAAAAACGGAAAAAUAUAAUAAACGUCUAAUUCGAAUAAUUUUACGGCUGAUCUAGGGCCGCUUGCACGUAAAUUCUUGAGUUAAUUUAAUAACUCCGAGUUUAUUAACUCAAGUUAAAUCUAACACUUUUCUAACUCAAAGUUUGCCUUGCAUGAACAAGUAAUCGGCCAAGUGGGAGUCGGAACCGCGCACGAUGGGUUCCGUACCGUUAUAGAGCAAAAAUAGACCAA